AUGGCCGACCAGAACACCGCCGCUGAUGCGGCCGUCUCUGACGCUGCUGCUUCCCAGGCCCUUCCUGACCGUACUACAAACCCCGCCGAUAAGGACGCUCCCCAGGGCGAAGUUUCGAAAAACGCGGCCAAGAAGGCUGCAAAGAUGGCUAAACAGGCCGCCGACAAGGCAGAGAAGGCUGCGAACAAGGGGAUUGGGAAGGCGGAGGCGAAGAAGCCCACCUCCAAGGCCGCACAAAAGCCCAAGAACAAGAAGAUUGAUGGUGCUGCAUUGAUUGGUAUUGAUGUCUCGAAGGAGGAAGAUUUCCCUGGGUGGUACCAGCAGGUGCUUACCAAGGGUGAUAUGCUGGACUACUACGAUGUCUCUGGUUGCUUCAUUCUGAAGCCCGCUUCGUACUUCAUCUGGGAAGAAAUCCAGCAGUGGUUCAACACGCAUAUCAAGAAGAUGGGUGUGAAGAACUGCUCUUUCCCUCUCUUUGUAUCCGAGGAUGUUUUGAACCGGGAGAAGGAUCAUAUCGAGGGUUUUGCUGCCGAGGUUGCCUGGGUCACUCAUGCAGGCUCGAGCAAGCUCGAUAAGAAGAUUGCCAUUCGCCCUACCUCCGAGACUGUCAUGUAUCCAUACUACGCCAAAUGGAUCCGCAGUCACCGCGACCUGCCCCUGAAGCUCAACCAGUGGAACUCGGUCGUCCGGUGGGAGUUCAAGCACCCCCAGCCUUUCCUGCGGACCCGCGAGUUCUUAUGGCAAGAGGGACAUACUGCUCACUUGACUGAGGAGGCCGCGCGCGAGGAGGUUCUGCAGAUUCUGGACCUGUACGCUCGUGUCUACGAGGAGCUCCUGGCCGUUCCGGUCGUCAAGGGCCAGAAGACCGAGAAGGAAAAGUUUGCCGGUGGUCUGUACACCACCACCGUCGAGGGCUAUAUCCCUGCCACGGGCCGUGGUAUCCAGGGAGGUACGUCUCACGGUCUUGGACAGAACUUCAGUAAGAUGUUCAACAUCACUGUCGAGGAUCCCUCGGUCAAGGGUGAUGAGAAGAAGGCUCCUCUGCACGUCUGGCAAAAUUCAUGGGGUCUCUCCACCCGUACCCUGGGUGUCAUGGUCAUGAUCCACAGUGACAACCACGGUCUUGUGCUCCCCCCCCCCGUUGCCGAGAUCCAGACCAUCAUCGUCCCGGUGGGUAUCACGGCCAAGACCACCGAUGAAGAGCGCGACAAGCUCUACGCCCGGAUUGACGAGCUUGUCACCAUGCUCCGUGACGCGGAUAUCCGAGUCGAGAGCGACCUGCGUGACGGGUACUCUCCUGGCUGGAAGUUCAACCAGUGGGAGCUCCGCGGUGUGCCUCUUCGCAUUGAAUUCGGACCGGGCGAGUCGACCGGCAACUACGUCACUGCUGCCCGGCGCGACAUCCCCGGCAAGGAGGGCAAGUCGACGAUCGACAUUCCCGAGCUGGCGACCGGGGUGCGCACCCUGCUGGACACGAUCUACCAGGAUAUGUUCAAGCGGGCGGAGGAGAAGUUCCGCUCCCACCGCAAGCUGAUCACCAACUGGGAUGACUUCUGCCCGGCCCUCAACGACAAGAACAUCUGCGUGAUCCCGCACUGCCUGACGGAAGAGUGCGAGGACCAGAUCAAGGAGCUGAGCGCCCGCAAGGCCGAGGAAGACUCGGACGAGCCCGAGGACGCCCGCGCCCCGAGCAUGGGCGCCAAGUCGCUCUGCAUUCCCUUCGAGCAGCCUGAGGGUAUCGAGCCCGGAGUCACCAAGUGUGUUAACCCGCAGUGCACCCGGCUUGCGGAGAAAUGGUGCAUGUUUGGCCGUUCGUAUUAG